CGCUUUUUUCGGAGCCAGUUUUUUUUUUUCUUUUCCCCCUUCGGGAGUGUUGCUGUUACCUCCUUUUUCUUGCAAAGCCUCACUUUGGCUUCUCUCUUCUUUCUCUCUCUUGUUUCUCUCUCCUUCAAAUAUUCAUCGUCUUCGCGUCUCGGAUUCGUCGAUCGGAGGAACCUAAUCUCUCCAUCAAUGACUAUGAUGACUCCUCCGCCGUUGGAUCAACAAGAGGAUGAGGAGAUGCUCGUGCCGCAUUCGGAUUUGGUCGAGGGUCCUCAGCCAAUGGAAGCUCAAGUGGAGCCCGCUAGUACGGUGGAGAAUCAAACGGUGGAGAAUCAGCAAGUGGAGGAUCCUCCGACAAUGAAAUUCACUUGGACAAUUGAGAACUUUUCUAGGCUGAACACGAAGAAGCACUAUUCCGACGUUUUCGUUGUUGGCGGUUACAAGUGGCGAAUUCUAAUCUUUCCCAAGGGCAAUAACGUGGACUACUUGUCAAUGUAUUUGGAUGUGGCGGAUUCUGGGAAUUUGCCAUAUGGAUGGAGUAGAUAUGCGCAGUUCAGCUUGGGUGUGGUUCAUCAGAUUCAUAACAAGUACUCAAUUAGAAAGGACACACAGCACCAGUUUAAUGCAAGAGAAAGUGACUGGGGUUUCACAUCGUUCAUGCCUCUAAGUGAACUGUAUGAUCCCACUAGGGGGUAUCUAUUGAAUGACACUUGUGUGGUUGAAGCUGAAGUAGCUGUCCGUAAGGUUCUUGAUUACUGGUCCUAUGACUCAAAGAAGGAAACUGGUUAUGUUGGGCUCAAGAAUCAGGGAGCUACCUGUUACAUGAAUUCUCUGCUCCAGACACUGUACCAUAUUCCUUACUUCAGAAAGGCUGUGUAUCAUAUGCCUACGACUGAAAAUGACAUGCCUUCAGGAAGUAUUCCAUUGGCGCUACAGAGUUUGUUCUAUAAACUUCAAUACAAUGAUAGCAGUGUUGCAACCAAAGAGUUAACCAAGUCUUUUGGUUGGGAUACAUAUGAUUCUUUUAUGCAACAUGAUGUCCAAGAACUUAAUAGAGUGCUGUCUGAAAAGCUUGAAGACAAGAUGAAGGGAACUGUUGUGGAGGGGACGAUACAACAGUUAUUUGAGGGACAUCACAUGAAUUACAUUGAAUGCAUCAAUGUGGACUACAAAUCUACAAGAAAGGAAUCAUUUUAUGACCUCCAACUUGAUGUUAAAGGCUGUCGGGAUGUUUAUGCCUCUUUUGACAAGUAUGUGGAAGUUGAACGUCUUGAAGGUGAUAACAAGUACCAUGCCGAAGAACAUGGUUUGCAGGAUGCUAAGAAGGGUGUUUUGUUUAUUGACUUCCCACCAGUCCUUCAACUUCAGUUAAAGCGGUUUGAAUAUGAUUUUAUGCGGGACACAAUGGUCAAGAUAAACGAUCGCUAUGAGUUUCCUCUUCAGCUUGAUCUUGACAGGGAGAAUGGAAAAUAUUUAUCACCUGAAGCAGAUAGAAGUGUCCGCAACCUUUAUACGCUUCAUAGUGUUUUGGUUCAUAGCGGUGGGGUCCAUGGUGGACAUUAUUAUGCUUUUAUCAGGCCGACCCUCUCUGAACAGUGGUACAAAUUUGACGAUGAACGUGUGACUAAAGAGGAUGUGAAAAGGGCACUUGAAGAGCAGUAUGGUGGUGAGGAGGAGUUGCCGCAGACCAAUCCAGGCUUUAAUAAUACUCCCUUUAAAUUUACAAAAUACUCUAAUGCAUACAUGCUUGUGUAUAUAAGGGAAAGUGACAAGGAUAAAAUAAUUUGCAAUGUUGAUGAGAAGGACAUAGCUGAGCACUUAAGGUUAAGAUUGAAGAAGGAACAAGAACUGAAAGAGGACAAGAAAAGAUAUAAGGCACAAGCCCACCUUUUCACUAUUAUAAAGGUUGCACGAGAUGAGGACCUUGCUGAACAGAUUGGGAAGGAUAUAUAUUUUGACCUUGUAGAUCAUGACAAAGUUCGUAGUUUCCGCAUACAGAAACAGACACCCUUUAAUGUUUUCAAGGAAGAGGUCGCAAAAGAGUUUGGAAUACCUGUUCAAUUUCAACGCUUCUGGAUUUGGGCAAAACGGCAAAAUCAUACAUACCGCCCUAAUAGACCUUUGACACCACAGGAGGAAACACAAUCGGUUGGACAGUUGAGAGAGUUCUCAAAUAAGACACAUAAUGCGGAGCUAAAAUUGUUUUUGGAAGUAGAGUUGGGACUGGAUUUACAUUCUAUUGCUCCACCUGACAAAACAAAGGAAGACAUUCUGCUAUUUUUUAAGCUUUAUGAUCCUGAGAAAAAGGAGCUACGAUAUGUUGGCAGGCUUUUUGUGAAGGGUACUGCCAAGCCGAUAGAAAUUUUGGAAAAACUUAAUCAAAGGGCUGGCUUUGCUCCUGAUGAAGAAAUUGAACUUUAUGAGGAAAUAAAAUUUGAGCCUUGUGUCAUGUGUGAACACCUUGAUAAGAGGGCCUCUUUCCGGUUGAGUCAGAUUGAAGAUGGGGACAUUAUUUGCUUCCAGAAAGCUGCUCCACUUGAAACUGAAGAAGAAUGCAAGUACCCAGAUGUUCCUUUGUUUUUAGAAUAUGUCCACAAUCGACAGAUUGUUCACUUUCGAGCAUUGGAGAGACCAAAGGAGGACGAUUUUUGUUUAGAGUUAUCAAAAAUACAUAGUUAUGAUGAAGUGGUGGAGAGAGUCGCUCGCAGAAUUGGUUUGGAUGAUCCAUCUAAAAUCAGGCUCACUGCUCAUAACUGUUAUUCUCAGCAACCGAAGCCCCAACCUAUCAAAUUUCGAGGAGUAGAACAUUUAUCGGAUAUGCUAGUCCAUUACAAUCAAACCUCUGAUAUCUUAUACUAUGAAGUUUUGGACAUCCCCCUUCCAGAAUUACAAGGUCUAAAGAACCUGAAAGUUGCUUUUCAUCAUGCAACAAAAGAUGAGGUGGUGAUUCACAAUAUCAGAUUGCCAAAACAGAGCACUGUUGGAGAUGUGAUCAAUGUACUUAAAACGAAGGUAGAGUUGUCUCGUCCAGAUGCAGAACUCAGACUGCUUGAAGUUUUCUAUCACAAGAUCUACAAGAUCUUUCCUCACACUGAAAAGAUCGAGAAUAUAAAUGAUCAGUACUGGACUUUGCGAGCGGAGGAGAUUCCAGAAGAAGAGAAAAACCUGGGUCCCCAUGAUCGCUUGAUUCAUGUAUACCACUUCACGAAGGAGACUGCGCAGAACCAGAUGCAAGUGCAAAAUUUCGGAGAACCCUUCUUCUUGGUGAUCCGUGAAGGUGAGACUUUAGCUGAAGUUAAAGUGCGUAUACAAAAGAAGUUGCAGGUUCUGGAUGAUGAGUUCGCUAAGUGGAAGUUUGCAUUCUUAUCUCUGGGACGUCCAGAGUACCUGCAGGACUCCGAUAUUGUUUCCAGUCGUUUUCAGAGAAGAGAUGUCUAUGGUGCAUGGGAACAGUACCUCGGGUUGGAGCACUCUGAUAAUGCACCUAAGAGGGCUUAUGCAGUAAAUCAGAACCGUCACACAUUUGAGAAGCCUGUUAAAAUAUAUAACUAAGUUAACUGCUGAUGACCACCUACUUGGCUCGUUAGCUUGUACCUAGCAGUCUUCGUGGAAACAGAGACAAUUUAAUGUGGAAAGUCGGAAAUGUCAAGGAUGAGAACCAAGUAGAGCAUUCAAAGGAGAUCAUGAAGCACUCACAUUUUAGGUGAUUUGGCUAGGCAUUCAAUUGUUGGCUUGUAGGUUGAUUUUUCUUCUCCGUUUUCUGCUUUGAUGCUUGUGGGGGGAAAAAAAGGAAAGGAGAGACCAUCUCCUGGAUGUGUAUCCUAUUUGUUAUUGUUACUCCCUGCUUGAGUUCCGGUCUAUUUUCUUUUUGUUUUUUGUUUUUUGUUUUUUUUUUUGUCCUUUUUUUUUUGUUUUUU